UACCUAUCUGGCCUACUCGUACUGCCGUAGGUAGAUAGGUAGGUACCCAGGUAGGUACCUGCCUGUAAGGCACAGGCACCUGCUGAGAACCGACAAUACAUAUUGAGUAGGUACAUACCUAUUACCUGUAGGCACAUGCCUCCCUCCUCACCUGAACUUGCUAUCGUCGUCUACCUCCAACACGCAACCUACCGUCUGCUCCCAUUUCUCUUGAUCCCCCCCCUUUCUUCCUAUCGACACAAAAUCGACAGAGAACAGGACGACCAUUCAUCCGGGCCGAAUAAAUAGCUAUGGAACAAUAGGCCGUCGACAGCACCACGGAGCCGGUCUUGUUCAUAUCAGCCUCCAACGACAACACGCUACGCCCUCUGUUCUGCCGCUUUCCCACUCUGCCCAGCGCUCCUCUCCACCACAGAAAAGUGUCCGCCAGCACCCGCACCGACGCCCAGUGCUUGUGCUGGUCAAUAAUAAUUUCGACUUUUAUGGAUCACCAGCCUCUGCCCUGAUUGCGUUGUGGCCUUGUCCACACCUACCGUUCCCUGGUCGCUCAUCAAUUUCCGUAGUUGAUUGCUGUAGCAAUGUCAACUUCCGCAACCGAACAACACCAGCAUCAUCAUCAUCAUCAACCACCACCACCACCAGAAGAGGAAGAGCAUCGUCAUCGUCAUCAUCAUCAUUACAAUCACCAUAAUAAUCAACAGCAGCAGCAUCAACCCAGUCACCAUCACCAACCCUCGUCCUGGUCGUCCUCGUCGUCUCCGAGAUCUCACCACGCCCAACUCCCGGUACGAAGCCAUUCGACACGUUCACGCCCGACCACCUCUGCCACCGCCGCUUCGUCGUCUGCCUACAAUUCCUCCGCUCCAUCAACCCCCCAUCAUCCUCCUUCGAGCUCUCAUCAUAACCGCCACCACGGCCGCCAGACCUCGUCUUCCGGCCGUCCCCUCCACGACGUUCUACCACAGCAGGACUAUGAAACCUCAAACGUAGCCCAACAACCUAAGCGAAGUUCCAGCAAAGACCGCCCUCCCCCGGUCUCACGUGGCACCGACUCUCAGGGUGUUCACCGUCGUAGCAGUUCCCGAUCAAAUCACGUUCACCACGAUAUGGCUGGCCCGACGGCUGUUGCCAACAACGCUGGCCCGGCUGCUAUCCCGCCCGUCAUGCAAGCAGCAGCGGAUGCUCGCGCUACAGGCGCUAAGCAGAGGACCUCCAGGACUUCCAUCCCAACCCAAUCUGGCAAAUGGAUUCUUGGCAAGACCAUCGGGGCGGGUAGCAUGGGCAAGGUAAAGCUUGCUCGUAAAGAGGACGGCACAGAACAGGUCGCCUGUAAAAUCAUCCCGCGUGGCUCGACCGAGGAUGGCCAUCACAGUCGAGCUGAUAAGGAGAGGGCGGAUCAGUCCAAGGAAAUUCGGACUGCGCGCGAAGCUGCCAUCGUGACCCUCCUACAGCACCCACACAUCUGCGGCAUGCGAGAUGUCGUUCGCACCAACUAUCAUUGGUACAUGCUAUUCGAGUAUGUCAACGGUGGCCAGAUGCUAGAUUACAUCAUCUCCCACGGCAAGUUGAAAGAGAAGCAGGCGAGGAAAUUCAGCAGGCAGAUUGCCAGCGCCCUCGACUAUUGUCACCGAAACAGCAUCGUCCAUCGCGAUCUCAAGAUUGAGAAUAUUCUCAUCAGCAAGACGGGCGACAUCAAGAUCAUCGACUUCGGCCUCAGCAACCUCUUCGCCCCCCGCGGUCAUCUUAAGACCUUUUGCGGCAGUCUAUAUUUUGCCGCGCCCGAGCUCCUCCAGGCUCGCGCAUACACGGGACCCGAGGUCGAUGUCUGGAGCUUUGGUAUUGUCUUAUACGUUUUGGUAUGCGGGAAAGUCCCCUUUGAUGACCAGAGUAUGCCGGCCCUCCAUGCGAAGAUCAAGAAGGGCCAAGUUGACUACCCGAGUUGGUUAUCGAACGAAUGCCGCCACCUGUUGUCCCGCAUGCUCGUUACCGAUCCGCGACAAAGAGCAACCAUGCACGAGGUCAUGAACCACCCGUGGAUGAUUAAGGGAUAUAGCGGUCCGCCCGAAAAUUACCUACCUGUCCGCGAACCCCUGGCGCUCCCUCUCGAACCAGAAGUCAUUAAUGCUAUGACGGGUUUCAAUUUUGGCCCUCCGGAAGUUAUCAAGACCCAGCUUACCAAGGUCAUCGAGUCGGAAGACUAUAAGCGUGCUGUACAGCUUCUCCAGAAAGAGAAAGAGGUGCCGCCUGUCCCCAAGGACGUGGAAAAGAAACGAGGAUUUGGGUUCGACUUCUAUAAACGACGCAACUCCGGGAGCAGCCGAGAUAAUUUGACUGCUCCGAGCUCAGAUGCUCUCCAGAUUGGCAGCGACCCCCUCAAUGCCUUCAGCCCUCUGGUUUCUAUCUAUUAUCUCGUUAAAGAAAAGCAAGACCGAGAUAAAGUAGAUCCGGCGCCGAAGUCACACGCGCCGAAGAAUGCCGCCGACUCUUCACUACCGGAUAUUGCCCCUCCUCCUGAGGCUCACACGAACACGGCAACCUACGAGAUGGCCGGGGAGAAGGCCACCGGUGGGAGAUCGCGACCACGUGCCAGAACCCACGGGGAGGAUGACGCCCCUGAAGAGCUUAAAAAGGCCCAGCCGCCGGCGACUGUGCCCCCUCCCCCAGACGUUCCCGCAGAGCUGCCUCACAAGAAGGAGAGCACCGCUGCCGGCAUCCUCCGGCGGUUCAGCACGAGGCGCCGCAGAGACGUAGAGAGGCUCGAUAAGGACCGUUCGCAUCCUCCCGUGGUCCACGUUCAUUCUCCGGCUGAAAAUCCGACGACACCACGAAAGAGCUUUAGCAUACGCAGGUCGAGACGUGACCGAGACGACGAACAGGGCACACGACUGCGCUCCGGCAGUAGUCAGCCUCAACACCGCGACCUCCUUACCCCGCCGCUCUCUGCGGGUGGCAACCUGUCGGGAAGCAAAAAGGGCCUAGGGCGUUCGACAAGCGUCAAUUCAGCCGAGUUCAGGAGACGGCCGUUCGGAUCUGCCCAGAGAGUCGCCAUUAAAGAUCCACCGCCCACGAGCGGCUCUGACCAGUCUGCGGCUACUGAUAAGCUUCCGCCGGAACCGAAGAGUGCCCUCAGCCCCCGGGGCACCUCUAUGAGAGCGAAGCCGUUGAGCCACGCUCGUCGGGAGAGCAUUCAAGCCAGGAGAAUGCGCAGGGAAGGGGCUCGCGCUGCUGAUGUUCUCGAGGAAACGGAUCAAGAACUUGGCGAGGCCAGUGGCAACUCGGCAGACCGCCUGGACGACACCGAACUAGCCAAGCCAGUCUUUCUCAAGGGUCUCUUUAGCGUCUCGACGACAUCUACGAAGUCGGUGCCCGCCAUUCGCGCAGACGUAAAGAGGGUGCUCAAACUGCUUGGCGUCGAAUAUACGGAGAUCCGGGGUGGGUUCUCUUGCCGCCACACGCCUAGCAUCGACCUCAAGAAGGGCGGUGACGUGCCGGGUAGCCCGGCCCCGACUCCCGGCCACCGGCGCAGGUUCAGCUUCGGAAUCAGGAGCGACCGGGAGCGUGACGAGGUUAGAGAGGCCGAACGAGUGCCGCCUACGCCACGAACACCGGGGAGGGGACGGGUCGAUGGGGCCGAUUCAAUGUCGGAGCUCUCCGACCCGGAGAGCAUCAUCCCUCGAGACACAACCGGCUCUUCACGGAGAGUGCCUGGGGAAACGACUACGCACGUGCAGAGCGAUCUGGGCGGCAACAUGGUUUUGGAAUUUGAGAUUUUCAUCGUGAAGGUGCCUCUACUCUCGCUGCACGGAAUCCAGUUUAAGCGUAUGGAGGGGAACACGUGGCAGUUUAAAAACAUGGCAGACCAUAUCCUCAAGGAGUUGCGUCUGUGAAGCAGAGCCGCGUGGAGGCGCGUCGUUUUUGUCGCGCGACAAGGAGAACUUGCUACUACUAUAAAAGGUUCGAGUUGACGCCCCGGGGGAUGCCUGCGUCCUCUGCCGAGCGGCGAGGUCUCGGCAGCGUAGGCUCGGAUCAGCCUGCUCAUCGUUAAGACUUGGUGAGAUAGCGUCAGAAUCUCGGGUCCGGUCCUGGGGGAGUGGUGAAGAGGGCGGCAUGUUGACCUGGUUUUCGCACGAGCCUAUGGAGGCAGAGACGACCCCGCGCUUGGGGGAGGGGAGGGGGAGGCUCGUGGUUGUAAGGAUACGAAGCAGAGCGGUUGGCGGGUUUGGUGAAGGGGCUUUUCACGACCAUGAUGUUUUCUUAAUAGCAAACACAAAGCACCUAAGUAAUGUAGAAAGAAUCUAUCUCGGGCGCGGGCAGACUUGGUAUUCAUGUAAUCUGUGUACUAUGCGUGUGUGUCGUUAUUCUGGCCGCAAUGCUUAUAGCCCUCGAUUUAGGUGGGCAGUGUAUAGGUAUUGUAAAUGCCCCGACCAUACCUGGGCACCUAACUUGCCCCAGGUACCGCCUUAGGUAGCUAUACAUACAUUAGUAGGUAUCUAGGUACCUGUAAUUAGGCAUAUAUGUAGAUAGGAGAUCAGUAGGUUAUAUAACG